AUGGCAGCACCACCUCCUUUCUAUGACACGGCCAUUGGUCGACAAAAGUACAAUGAAGCCACAGGGCCCAAGAUACGACCUGGCGGUUGGCCCAUGGCCUUUGAGUUCAUCCAUGUCGUCCUCCUUGAUAAUCCACCACCUCUUUGUCGAACCUGUUGGAUUCAUCACCCGGUAACUGAGGACGAUUACCGACAUCGGGUCGACCCCAUACCACCGGAAGAGAUCGAGAUGCGUCGGGCCUGGUGGGAAGAGAACCUGGAAAAGCUUGGUGUCAAGACAUUAAGCAUGGUCAAGUCAAUCCAUGGGCAACACAGAAAAAGGGUCUUUUACGAUCUUGUCUGUACCCCCACCGACGACAAGGACCCAGAGGUCAAAACAAAUGGCCGAUAUCAUUUCUCCACUCAAACACCCUACCGUCUCGGCCUAUUUCCCAAUCCUUUCCUCAGUCUUGAGGCCCUCGCUGCUCAGACUCAAACCCAGGAUCUAAGCUGGCUCAGAGAAAGGGCAAAGGAUUGGAGCCGCCGACAUGUACAGGCCCAGAAAGUACAGCCGGUACCCACAAGUGCCACAGCUAGUUUGAAGGAGAACAACGAGCUCAAGCUCAAGAACGGUGACCUUCAGAAAGAAGUCGAGGAUCAGAAGACUUCGAUCGACAAUAGCGAUAUCACGCUGCAGAACCUGGAGCGAGAGCAAGUGUCCGCACCGCUUUACAAGGCACACAGCUUGACUGAUGCUUGUGUCUUCAGGAAAACUUCUCUUGACGAUCAGCUCAAGCAAGCACGGGAGGCCGCCAACAAACAAACCGAGGAUCUUGUCAAAAAGGAACGACGUAUCAAGGCAUUGCAAGAAGAGCUCUCGACGCAGGACGAUCACCUAGCCACGAUUGGCCGUCUCCGGGUACAGAUCAAGACCCUCCAAAGUGACGCCGAACGCAACCAAGACCGCAUUCGAACCCUCGAAACGGACCUCGCCAAUGCCUCGGCUGAUUCGUCGGAAAAGGACUUGAGCCAAGAUGACUUGGAGCGUAUCAGCCAGCUUGAGACUGAGCUGCAGGACUGCAAGGAUGAAUUGCAAAAGCUGCAAAAGGAGCACAAAGUCCUGCAAAAAGGAUUUACACAACUCGAUGACAAGCUCGACGACAGAGACAAAGACCCGGAAACCUACGAUGACAGCGAGCAACUCAGGAACAUGAGGGCAAGUCGUGAUCACUACAAGCGAAAAGUGGAGGCACUGCAGAAGGCCGCCAAAUCUUACCAAGCUGAAGCCAAUCAAGUGCCUCUCCCUCAAGCCGAUCAGGUGCCUCUCUGGGAUCAGGAGCCUCCCUAUGAGGAACUCCCUGCUCGCCUGAUGGAGAUCAUGGAGGACAUUUCACGAAAGCAAAUCACUGUCCUGCUUCUCAACAGGCUCGCUUGGUUUGCGGCACAGGAUGAGGAUAUCCUCGAUUCACACAACAACGUGAUGCCCGUCAACAAUAUCGGGAACGCUGCGUUGAGUUAUAUACCUGCCACCUCUUACGACCUUCAUGCUUCUGCUUGGAGGUUGGCCACCAUUGUCCAAGCAACGAGGGGUGAGACCUCUCGCGCGCCAUGGCGCUCCUUGGGGAGGGGGUUUUUGACUUUCUCCGUACGAACACCAGAGACGGGUAUACUUGUCUCUACCGUUCAGGAGGGGGUCUCUGACUUUCUCCGUACGAACACCAGAGAUGGGUAUACUUGUUUCUACCGUUCAGGAGGGGGUCUACCAAUCCACCUUGUAGACCAGAGACCCGCACGCAAGAUCGACCUGGACCACGGCGCCUGUCCUGUCUUGGGGUCGGGUAGACGGGUCAGGCAGUCUGGCAAUAUCGGCCGUCUAUCGAGUUAUGACCGACGUUCUAGGAGCAAGAUCCAGAGCUACGCAGACUGUAUCAACAGAGUUGCAGAGCGACCCCUAUACCUCCCAGAGAUUUUGUGUCUCUGCGUACCAAUCAUCUACCCGAGACUCCUUGUCUUUGCGUACAAACCGUCUACCAGAGACUUUGUGUCUCUGCGUGAAAAUCCCCACCAGAGACUUCGUGUCUUUGCGUACAAAUCAUCUACCAGAGCUUCGUCUCUGCGUGAAAAUCCCCACCAGAGACCCCGUGUCUUUGCGUACAAAUCAUCUACCAGAGAUUCGUCUCUGCGUAUCAUUCAUCCACCAGAGAUUCGUCUCUGCGUAUCAUUCAUCCACCAGAGAUUCGUCUCUGCGUAA